AGAGAACAAAAGUUGGGUUGUUGAACAUCGCGGCGAUUUGGUGAUUGGAAGCCAAUAUUUUGACGCGUUUCCCAGUUCCAGGUCUGUUUUAUUUCCGAAUCUGAAGAGCGAUCAUUCCUAUUUUUUUCGCCAGGAAAAGAAAAAAAAAUACGGGCGUGUUAUUCCUUUGUUUGUGGACCUUAUUUCCUGGUGUGUCAAGAGACGAUGAUGACUUGAAACAAAUGUAUUUUUUCGGUGCUGGAGCUACAUGAGAUCCUUGUUUAACUCGACUUGGAAAAUAUUUAAAGAAUGGUAUGCUGUUGAAUUCUCGUGAACAACAUGGUCCAUAGUUACUUGAAAUUCCGAAUGCAAAUAAUGAUCCGCAAUAUUUAACAACGCCGUCAUUAUCACCUUGAGUUGAGCAAAUUUGCUCAGUCGUAUUUCAGCAGUGUUACCUCGCACCAUUUAAAGAUAAAAAUUCCGAAAAGCGACGAUCAACCAACUUAGUGCUGUAGUGAUGAAAUCCAGAAUGAAAAGAAAAACUUAAUGAGGUAAACCAUCCCGACCCUUUCUUGGGUUUUAUUUUAAAUUAGCCUCUGUUAUCUUUACUCUGAUUAUUUAUCAGUAGUUGGUGGUCGCUGAUUCACCUACACUGAAGAAAUGAGCGUCGGGGCUGUGAGGCGACGACCAUCAUCAGCAGUGCCUCAGGAGCCAAAACGACCCCAUGAUGCAAAAUGGGAUUUGAAACGACUCGGGAUCCAGCCAGAAUGGGUGACUUCAAGUCACGGCGUCCUUCGACAUGCAAAACGACCGCACGUCCCAGGUUUCCGCCCGUCGUGGCUCAACAGUCUGGACCCCUACCGGAUGUACAAGCCGGACCCGAGCAUGUCCAAGAGACUGGUGUUGCAAAAUGCUGCCUUCUACAACAAAUUCCCUGCUCAGAUCCUUCAGCAGCCUGAUGUCAGCCCCAACACCGUCAUCAGGGCAAUGCCGCCAAGGCCUCCUCGAAUGCGCGAACGUCAAGAUCCGGCAAUGGCUCUCAAGAACAACAUCUUGACGGGAUUCAGCUUGAUCCCCAACAUGGUUCGGUCUUGGGUGGCAGAUAACAUCAGGACUGUCAAUCAUGAGCACUUUCCACCCAUCAAAUCCACGGCGCUCCGCAUGCACCCGAACGAAGUGCUCCGGUCUCGAGAAAAGCGCACGAAACUCGCUCGACCUCAGGCCAUGGAGCCAAGCAAGGCCAUCUUGCACAAGACCAUUUUGCAGGCUACCAAGCACCACCAGGCUGAAGAACGCCGACGAGCCCGACUGCACCAGAGAGCAAGGACACCGGGGGUUUCUGCCGGUGCUGCGGCAGCCAUUACCGAGGCCCGUGGCUCAAUUCUCGAGGAUUCCUCUCCAGGCUCGCCCUUGAGUUACUGCGUUAGUCCUGCUGCUGAUGGGAAACCCACGACUAAUACGAGGAACCUUCGGAAAGCUGGUGCAGACCCCGAGUCAACUGGUGACGCGAGUUCUGCGGUACCCGAUGGUGCGAAUAAUAAGCAACUACCCGCCAUGGGAAGAAGCAGGCGACGGGAUAAACGGAGUCUGGUUGAGAAGAAAAACAAGAUUUAUGAGGACAAAGCGGAAACGAUCGCUGCCCAACGACAGCGAGAAAUCCUCAACGUCAUUCGGAAGGUGAUCCGAAGGGUCGGCAGUCUCAAGGAGGAAAAUGAAGGAGCCGCCCCCGGACGUGAUGAUGACCGCCCAUCUGCUGUGAGUGACGCCACUUCUCGCGACAUGGCCGAGCAUUGUUUGCGAGAUGUCGGCGACGACGAGGACCGCCGCGGUCAGUCGGGAUUUGAUCACGGUGAACGACGUCGACGUCGACAUCGACAUCACCAUUCCGACGAGUACUACGACAGAAGCCAUCGUCACCAGCACAGCAAUGGCGGACACCAUCACAGUCAUAGACAUAAAUCUUUCAAAGAAAAAUGCUAUGGCCAUGACGAUACCGACGAUCGCCGAGAAAGAAAGUCUAGACAUUCUCGACAAUUUGAAAAUUAUGGCGAGAGCGAUUUUGAAGAAGAUGAAGAACAAAUGUACCCGAACAGAAGACAUCAAAAUAGGGUUCAUUUCAUCGGAGGCGGUGCUGAAGAUCCCGCAAUUCCUUUGCCAAUGGCACCAGAACAGCCCUCGGAAGAUGCCCGAGUCGAGCAUCAUCCGGAAAAACAGCAGCCCCAGCAAGCGUCUGACCGGGUCCCACAGCAGCUAGCACAGGUCAAUGAUCAAGAACCACAACAAGAUGACCCUGCUGAUGAGAACAUCAAGGGCUUUUCGUCAAAUAAAGAGCACAGAUCCGACUCUACCCAUCAUAGAAAACAUGGCAGGAAAUCCGGCGACUACCGUGCUGGCAGGCAAAAACAUCACCGAUACCACUACAACACAACACUCAAGAUCCCGAUGAGACGGAGUCGAAACAUUGCUGUAAUUUCACCGUCAGACAGCUCAGUGGUGUCCACGUCGACCACGCAACAGUCGAGUGAUGCCAUGAGAGCCCUGCCAGAGCCAGAUCCUGAUGACGUGAAAGAUUACAGGAAUAAGGCCAAGUUUAUCAGGAGGAAUUUGUGGAAGACGAAGAAAUCCGUCACCCGACAGGCCCGAGAAUUGACCUAUCCCGACAACAGGUCACCGCCCUUGAGCUAUGUGGUCGGUGUGCGAAACAGCAGGAGACAGCUUGACUACGACCCGUCCCGCGCUUACGCCAUUAUUGGCGCCUCGGGCUCGAAACCCCGGCACCGUCACCGCAGCCAUCAACAGCAACACCACCACCAACCCAAGACCAGCGGGCACCAUCAUCGUCACCAGCACCGACGC